AUGGCUUCAUCAACUGUAAUUUACGAAACCCAGCCAUGGAAGGACUUGAAGUCUCAUGUUGAAGACAUUAGGAAGACUCAUUUACGCGAGUUGUUGAGUGACACUGACCGAUGCAAGUCGAUGAUGGUUGAUUUUGAUGGAAUAACACUCGACUACUCACGCCAACGAGCCACUCUUGGUACCAUGGAUAAACUUUAUAAUCUGGCAGAGGCAGCCCAUCUCAAGGAAAAGAUCAAUCGCAUGUUUAAUGGGGAGCGUAAAUUCACUGUUCUUUAUGAAUUAUCGAUCUGUGCUCCUGAAUUUUGUGGUUAUAAUGACUUAUCAAUGGCCCCCUUUUGUGGAACCUUUCAGAUCAACAGCACUGAGAAUAGGUCGGUGCUUCACGUAGCUCUUCGUGCUCCAAGAGGUGCAGUUAUACAAAGUGAUGGCAAGAAUGUUGUACCAGAUGUUUGGAAUGUUCUGGACAAGAUCAAGAAUUUCUCUGACAGGAUCCGCAAUGGUUCUUGGGUUGGAGCCACAGGAAAAACACUUACUGAUGUUAUUUCUGUCGGCAUUGGUGGCAGCUUCUUGGGUCCACUUUUUGUUCAUACCGCUCUUCAAACAGAUCCAGAGGCUAGCAAAUGUGCUGCAGGACGCCAACUGCGAUUACAACUAGUCACAGGUUCAUUCAUGGUUUCAGGGGUCAUCUUUCUUGCAAAUGUAGAUCCAAUUGAUGUCGCGAGAAAUAUUGCCGGCCUCAACCCUGAAACUACUCUUGUUGUCGUGGUUUCAAAAACUUUUACCACAGCUGAAACUAUGCUGAAUGCUCGAACACUAAGGGCAUGGAUUUCAAAAGAACUCGGGCCCUCUGCAGUUGCCAAGCAUAUGGUUGCAGUUAGCACUAAUCUUACGCUUGUGGAAAAGUUUGGAAUUGACCCUAAUAAUGCUUUUGCCUUCUGGGACUGGGUUGGUGGCAGAUAUAGUGUUUGCAGUGCUGUUGGCGUGUUGCCUUUGUCUCUCCAAUAUGGUUUCUCCGUUGUUGAGAAGUUCUUGAAAGGAGCAUCAAGCAUUGAUCAGCAUUUCUAUUCUGCACCAUUUGAGAAAAAUCUACCUGUCAGCAUGGAAAGUAAUGGAAAGGGGUUAUCUAUUGAUGGUUUACCACUUCCCUUUGAGACUGGUGAAAUUGAUUUUGGUGAACCAGGAACAAAUGGUCAGCAUAGCUUUUAUCAACUAAUUCACCAGGGACGUGUGAUUCCCUGCGACUUUAUUGGUGUUGUGAAGAGUCAGCAACCAGUAUACCUGGAAGGAGAGGUUGUGAAUAACCAUGAUGAACUCAUGUCCAACUUUUUUGCCCAGCCAGAUGCCCUUGCAUAUGGGAAGACACCAGAAGAGUUGCAAAAAGAGAAUGUUCCGCAGAAUCUCAUACCUCACAAGACCUUCUCUGGCAAUAGGCCUUCUCUCAGCCUUCUGCUCUCGUCAUUGGAUGCUUACAAAAUUGGACAGUUGUUGGCAAUCUAUGAACACAGAGUUGUCGUGCAAGGCUUCAUAUGGGGGAUCAAUUCUUUUGACCAGUGGGGAGUUGAGUUAGGAAAGUCGUUGGCUACUCAAGUUAGAAAGCAACUUCAUGCAUCUCGUGUGAAGGGAGAACAGGUUGAGGGCUUUAAUUUCAGCACUACAACAAUGCUCACAAAAUAUCUAAAGGAAAGUUCUGAUGUUCCAGCUAAUCCUCCAACUCUUCUACCUCGGAUAUAA